UUCAACAUGUUGUGUAUUGGGACAUUUCUAAUGAUCGUUUAUAUAUUCUGAAAGAAAAAUACUAAUUUACUUACAGAUUAUUUUGUCCUAUAAGCAAACAGACUUAUAACCGCUUCUCCACAUUUAUGUCCAAAUAAUUAUACGAAAUUGAUACAAUGCAAAUAAAAAUUGUGCGCAGUUCAGAUUCAUAGUAAAUUCAUUCCUUGCUCAUAAAUCAACUUAAAUAGCCAAAUGAAUUCAAGGAGUUACUUCCCCAAUUAUUAUUCAAUAGAAGAUAUUUUCGUAUCGCAGGAGAGAGUGGAAUGUAUAGUAAAUACUAAACUUCUUCAAAUGGGUUUCCUUGAUCCUGGAGCCGAGUGCGAGGAUCUAAGCCCUGGGAAGUCUGUGAACCUACCUCUUUGGUAUAUAAAGGAAUUGAAAAUUAACAAUCCUUAUUUUUCAGUUGAUGUGCCAAUGAUCUAUAAAAAUGUCCAUAAGGCUGUCUGCGAAGCCGAAACAACUCAUAUUGAGCUAGGGAAACUUCAUCCAUUCUUCUAUGAAUAUGGAAGGUAUCUAACCCCGUACGAUAGUAAUCAUAUUGUAGGUAAGAUUGUUUUUGAGACAAUGAGGCAAAGAGUUCGUCAUCUGUUGGACAUAUCCAAAAAUACCAACGGGGAAGGAAAACCAGAACGUAAACUCGAUGACAUCGAAAAUAAAUUGUAUGAAAUUGGAGUAAAAACAAACACUUUUUAUAUUAACUGGUUACAAAUGAAAUCAAGGAAUAUUUGUAUUUCGGAAAUGGUCCAUGAACACAGUAAAAAGAGAAGACGUGCGCUUCUUAGCGAUGAAGAGAGCUCACCUCAAGGACCUAAUAAAAGAUCAUCAACAUAGUAUUAAAACGUCUUAAAAAUAGUAUAAA